UCAGGCUCUUAUCCAUAAAUUGCGCCCACACUUCCUCUUCUUCCUCGUUACGCCACCAAAGCAGAGCACGGAGUGAGUCCGCGAGAUCGAGCAGAGGAAGAGAGCGCUAGAAGAAUGUCGAAGGAAGUAAGCGUGGAGCCGGAGCAGCAGCAGCAGAAGGACUAUACAGACCCACCGCCGGCUCCGCUGCUGGAUUUGGGCGAGCUCCGCCUCUGGUCAUUUUACCGCGCUCUCAUCGCGGAGUUCAUUGCCACUUUACUCUUCCUCUACGUCACCGUCGCGACCGUCAUCGGCUACAAAAAGCAGGCAGCGGCCGAUGCAUGUGAUGGCGUCGGCAUCCUUGGCAUCGCAUGGUCCUUUGGUGGAAUGAUCUUUAUUCUCGUCUACUGCACCGCUGGGAUCUCCGGGGGGCACAUCAACCCUGCGGUGACGUUCGGGCUAUUCUUGGCAAGGAAGGUAUCGCUGGUUAGAGCUGUGUCCUACAUCAUCGCUCAGUGCCUCGGCGCAAUCUGCGGCGUUGGGAUCGUGAAGGGUAUAAUGAAACACUACUACAACUCGCUGGGCGGGGGAGCUAAUGAAGUGGCCGCCGGAUACUCCAAGGGUACAGCCCUAGGGGCUGAGAUCAUCGGCACCUUCGUCCUCGUCUACACCGUUUUUUCAGCCACCGAUCCCAAACGCAACGCCCGGGAUUCUCAUGUUCCGGUCUUGGCUCCGCUUCCUAUCGGAUUCGCCGUCUUCAUGGUCCACCUGGCAACCAUUCCCGUCACUGGAACCGGCAUCAACCCUGCCAGGAGCCUUGGCGCUGCUGUCAUCUACAACAAACACAGCGCUUGGCAUAAUCAUUGGAUCUUCUGGGUGGGUCCUUUCGUUGGAGCUCUCGCUGCGGCGGCCUAUCACCAGUACAUCCUCCGGGCGGCGGCGAUCAAGGCUUUGGGCUCCUUCCGCAGCAACCCCACCAACUGAGCUCGUAUGGAUCCCGCCUUCACUUGUCACUCUUCUUCUUGUUCUGUUGUGUGACCUUGAGAGUGAGAACUGUGAGGUGUAGAACAGCAUUUCAUCUUUUUCUUCUGUGAAUUUGAUUUGUGAAUGAGAACGAUCGAUGCAUCAGAGUCUACUGUAAUAGUUUUAGGGGAUUUCUACUGUUUAUUUAGCUGUUGGUUUGUGUUCUCAAAGUUCAAAUUUUCUGAAAUUGUGGUGCUCGUCACCAUCGCCUUUAAUUCAAAUCAGCGAUUGUUUU